AACAGUUCAUUGGUUCACUGGUUCCGUCGGUUGAGAACCUAUCGCAAAAAGGCUGCACAGAAUAGAAAUAAAUUUGUUAAUGGAUUUAUUUCGGCCCCAUCAGCACGGCAUUACUAUUUCAGCGAGCUAGGAGACGGGCCCGACGAGGACCUAAAACCGGGGACAACCGCCAAACAAGAGGCACUCCGAACGGGGAAAAAUGCAUAGUGAACUACAGGGCACAACAACAACAACUGCUGACAUGUGCAACGUAGCAUGGAAAAAGGGGAUUUUCUGGGACUACUUGCGGGCAAGUGGUCAAAGGACCUGGAUGGCCCUUAUCCUGGUGCUCCUCCUCAUCGGGAGCUCGACUGCCGCAGAAACCCUUAAAGUUAUAUACGCCGUAAACGCUGGCGGAGAUGAACAUACCGACCUAAACGGCGUCCAAUACGACGCGGAUCCCCUCAAAGGCGUUGGGAUCGCCUCGGACUACGGCAAACACCUGCUGAUGAUUGGCCGGGUCCACGAACAUGACGAGGUGCUCUACAGGACCGAGCGCUAUCACACCACUACUUUUGGCUACGACUUACCCAGCGACGGGGAUGGAGAUUACGCCCUGAUUAUGAAGUUCUGCGAGGUCUACUUCGAUGCGCCACAGAAAAAGGUCUUCGACGUGCUUCUCAACCGAAAGCACACGGUGGUCCGUCAGCUGGACAUCUACAACCAGGUGGGCAGGGGCUCAGCCCACGACGAGAUCGUGUACUUCAAGAUCAACAAUGGUCGAUUAAACUACGAGGGCGAGGUGUCCGAUGUACGGAACGGCCGCCUGCGACUGGACUUUAUUAAGGGGGCACUGGAUAAUCCAAAGAUCAAUGCCUUCGCCUUGCUUAAAGGAGAUGUUUCCCAGUUGCCGCGACUGCAUGGCACUGAGGCAAGUGAACGGAUCAAGCCGGAGGGCAAGCCAGUUGUGGAACAGAAGUCAGGCAAUCAGGUGGAGAGGGUAGUGCGCAACCAGCGUGAGGAUAUUGAUGAAGAUGACGAGGAUCUGGACGACGAGGAGUUCGAGGAGGAGCUUCCCGAACAGCAAAACGACCAGCUGGGCGCUGACCAACCAUCCCAACAAUCGGCGGACUCCAAGCGUUCUUAUAGUGGCCCACGUCAACCGAAUCCGUACUCGAUGGACGACUCCUCGAUCCUUCUGCCGGUUUUCAUCGCCAUCGGGGCAUUUAUACCGCUGCUGUUCUGCCUUUGCAAGCUGUGAUCCCCAUCCGUUGCCCACUCAACGAUCUCGGCCUGCGUUGAUUUCCUGCUUUGUGAUUUUGUGAUUUUGAUAAAAGACUUAUCGUUUAGUUCGUACGUUAGGCAUACCCUAGAGAUCGGCUCCCUCGAUCCCAAGACGCACAGCUCUCUAUCGCCCUGUACUUUCCAUAUUUGAUAAGCAUUUUCAUGUGUUCCUUUCGUUGACCACUGCCGUCACAGGCUCGGGUACUUAAUCGUUGAGUCACUUAAUUUAUAUUCCCGGAUUGGUUGAUCGGUUGACUCGGGGGGUGUGCGCACAAAUUUUUAGCGGUUUUUGGGACAGUUUUGCUUGGAAACUGUUAGUUUUGAAUGCAAUUAAAUAAAAUAAACCUUGUUUGUUAUCGAACAAAAAGUUUUUGAUUA